AGGACGCUGGCCCUGUGCAUAGUCAGCACUGUGGGCUCAUUACUUUGGACUCUGGUGCUGUUGGUGUUGCUCUUCUACACCUUUGGCGUUCUGCUGACGCAGCUCGUGACGGACCAUUGCCGCGAUAGGAACAUUCUAGAGCAAGAGGAUGCCAAUGCUACACCGAGCUGCCCCAAGGAGUUCUAUUACUGGAGGACAGUGCCAGACAGUAUGCUGACGCUGUUCAUGUCCAUCGCGGGUGGCCUCAGUUGGGAGGACGCCUUGACACCUCUGCGGGGCGUUUCGGCUUUGGCCGUGAUUUUCAUGGUGAUUUUCAUCGUGAUCACCGUCUUCGCCGUGCUCAACGUUGUGACGGGUGUGUUCUGCAACACGGCCAUAGAGAGCGCCAACGCGGAUAAGGACAUUGCAGUGAUCAAGCAGCUCCAAAAACAGGCCUCGCAUGUGGAGGCGCUGCGGAAAAUCUUUGAAGAGAUUGAUGCUGACUCCCUGGAUGUGGUGAGCAUACAGGACUUGGAGGAAGCGAUGUCGCAGAAGAAAUUGUCCAGCUUCCUCGAGUCCAUGGGAAUCUCAACGGAAGAUGUUUGGACGCUCUUUAUGAUUAUGGACAACGACCAGACAGGCCUCGUCAAUCUAGAAGAGUUUGUAAGAGGUUGCUUGCAGGGACGAGGCCCAGCCAAGAGCAUCCAACUGGUCAAAAUGAGUUACGAGAACAAGGUCACACGACAAGCGCUCAAGAAGGUGGGCAUCGAGAUCCGUGGGGUGAUGACAGACCUCUCUGAUCUUCGCAGGCGGAUGGGAUUACAAGCCUCCAUUCUGCCACAGACUGGCAGGGAUAGCUUUAGUAUGGGAGCCAACAGUGGAGCAGAGGUUCCAACUUUGGCUGGGAACCUGUGAAGUACGCCCAAAUUGCAUCGAAUUGC